ACGGACAGGUUUAUUUACAAACAUUAUGACUUCCGGUUACUUUUCUAAUCUUCGUUGGUGAAGAGCCUACAGAUUUUGACAGAUGUAAACACAGUCAGGGCGAUAAUUAUUCUCAAGAUUUUGAUUAGUUUUAUACAGAAACAGUAGUCAUGGUGUAUCUUACAAUAAAAGAGGAAAGUGAUGAAAGAUUGCACUUUACCAGACAGCCUUCCUUGAAUUCAUGGGCAAUUCUUGUUGGCUUCAGUUCUGUAGGUCUUGGUAUUGCCUACUAUGGAAAUGAUCCAUUUUGGCUAAAGGCAAUUUACUUGGUUCUUGGAAGCCUUAUUGGAAUAUCUUGCAUGGAUGACUGGGAGGAAUGUGAUUUCAAUAAGUCAGAAGGAGAGAUAAAGCUGAAGAAAAUAAGUGCCUGGGACUUGAUCUUCCUUAGGAGUGAAGAUGUUGUUGUAGCCCAGCUGUCUGAGGUAACUAAUGUAAAUGUAAAGGAAGAAAAAGUUAACUACUUUGGUACCACAUAUCAAGUUGUGUUGAAGUUUUCAACAGGGAUGUCUUUCGGUAUAACAGAAUCUUUUACUUUCGGAUCUUCCAAAGAACACUAUGCCGUUGCGGAGAAGAUCCGAAACUUUCUAAAUAUAGAAGAAGAUGCUGCCGACAAUGAUUUCUUAGAUUCAGCAUCAUCAUCAUCAAUGGAGGAAGAGGACACAGCAGACGAAACGGCCGACGAUUUCGAGCAUAUAGACCAAUCAGAUCUCAUCGAUGAAACAGACAAAUCAAGUAUGCAACAGGCAGACGAUAAAAAAUGUGAUGAUCAAUCACCAGAUGAUGUUCCUGUAGAAACCGAAUAACUGUACAAUGGUUGUGUAUAGAUAGUUUAAGUUUUGACCAUUUGUCUGACUUUUGUUCUUUACAUUGACUAUUUAUAGAUGAUAUUCUAUUUUUAACUUAUCUUUUGAUGCAUGUACAGUGAAAUUCUGACGUCUGCUGUACAGUCAGACUUUACUGUGCUUGUAUUUAAAGAUAGGGUUAAAACGGAUAAUAAAAUGUACUGUUGGUGGAAGAAAGUGAGUAAAACAAUAUAUUUCAAAGUGGUAAAAAAAUUACGUGCAAACCGAGAAGUGAACAAAAUGCAGUUUUUUAUUGUAGUUUCUACAAUAAAAAACUGCAUUUUGUUAAGUUUUUUUGGAAACAAUUAAUAAAUUACUAUUUCAUAAAGGAGUUUGCUGUUCAUUUUCUAAAUCACAUAUUAAAUUAUCAAUUUUCUUUUUACUAUAAUAUACAAAUCAACAAAGGAAUUGAUUUGUAGGUAAAUAGUAAAAUGUGUAAAAAGAUGAUUGAUAUGUGAUUUAUAAAGAUAUACAGCAACCUCCUUGAUAAAGAGCUGUUUAACUCCUUGAAAUGGUGGAGGUUAAUUAAAUGAAGUCUGUGAAAUACUAAGAUAGUUUUUUAUUGAACAGCUAUUUUUACAAGAUCCUGAUAAUGUGGUAUUUAUCUGAAUACUUGGCAGAGUAUUGUCUAUGCAGAUUAAACAUUCAAAAGUUAACAACUAACGACAGUGUUGACGAUUUACUUCCAAGUAUGUUAGUUACAAUUUAUUUUAACAUUCAUUACACUGGCAGGCAUUUGGUCAUUAAUUAAAGUGUCUAUAAACAAUUCAUUUACAUGAAUAUUGCACACAUGUAUCUUUUCAAUGCAUUUUUUCGUCUAUAGGUAGAUCAGCCAUAAAGCUUUCAGGUUUCAUACUUAAAAUGUUAAUUCUUGGUGUAUUAAAUUAUAUGAAUGUACUGGUAUUGUAAGUGCUUGUUUUCUUGAAGGGAAUAUUUUUUAUUAUAUUUGCACAAAGUAAUUUCCUUUUUUUAAAAAUUUACAGUUUUAUUAUUAUUAAGUGUACAAGUUAAAAAGGUUUCUCAAUAUAAAUGACAAUAUUAUAAUCUACAUAAAUGUAUUCAUUCUUUACUGUAUGUGUCAGCCAUUUUUAGAUUGUUAAAUCUUUGUUGGCUGACAGGUGGUGCCCCCAUUAUGCUAGGAUGCCCUUGAUGUAUACAAUUUCUUAAGCAGUGAACUCAUGCCUUAACAAACAUUGACUGGAAUAAUUUUGUAACCUAUAUAGAGUAUAUUCACAGUUAAUGAAAUAAUACUGCAAUAUAGUUGCUAGAGGUUGAAAAAACAGGUUCUUUAAUUAUAAGGGUCUAGAACUAAGAUCCCUUCAUUGAGAUUUCAGAUAAAGUUUUAAAAAGCACAUUUCUGUUCAUAUCAUUUUUGGUAGGGAACAAUAACUUUUUUUAGCACAAAUCAAUUUCUCAGGACUUAUUCAAAAUUGCUUUUAGGCUGUGAAACAAAAUAUAAAGACCAUAUCCUGGUGUUGUUUUUUUUUUUAUUCACUUAUUAUUUUUUGAAACAAAAUGUAGAUUAUUUUGAACUUUAUGUUUUUAAUGGCAAGUUUAAUGCUUUCAUAUUACCAUUCAUUAUCAUGUGUGUUGGGGAAAGAAUAGAUGAUUUUAUGUGAGGAAUAUGAGCAAUAAUGUUGGUGAAUAAUUUAUAUUACCUCUUAUAUUGUUAAUGGGAUUUUUGAAUUUGAACAAAGGAAGAUAUGUGCUAUGUUGUUACUUUGUUGUUAGUGUUAUGCUGUUAUUUUUCUCUCUUUUAAACAAAUGAUUUAUUAUUGAUAUCAUACAGACCUUGAUAUUGGUCAACAUUUUAUAAGUGUUCAUACAAAAAGGCAGUUGUGAAAAUGAUUAACUUUCAGUGUUGCACACUGCUAAAUUAGCAAGGUGUUAGAAUGGAUGUAAAGGGCAAUAACUCUGCUAUGAGCUGUGUCAGAAUGUUAGUUCUCUGCCAUGAGUUAUAUUAAAAUGCUGGCCCUCUGCCAUGUGUUAUAU